AUGGCGCCAGCUCGUUCUAAAUCAACCGAGAAGAGAAGAAAUGAGUUUCCUGAUAGGGGGAAUUCGACCAAAAAUCAGAAGGUGACAGAACCUGGUGCGAUGUCUCUCAGACAGACAGCGGAGGAAGACGCUCGGUCAAAGGGCUAUUUUCAACCAAAGCUUUUUACAGCUGAAUAUGAGGAGAACUUGAAAAACCAGGUUGACAAGGCCGGUCCUUAUCCAUGGGGGUCUAUUACUAAUUUGAUUGAUGACGAUAUUCUACGCAAUGUUAGAAAGGAGAUCUUAAGCGAAAUUCAUUUCACCAAGAAGGAAACCGACAUUUAUAAAGUGUUCCAGAGUGGAGAUUUGGCCAACUUGUCGGGACUAUCCGAAGAUAUGAGAAAGCGUCUUCCAAGUUUGUACAAAGUGCGAUCCGCUCUUUACUCGCAGGCUUUCAGAGAUUUAGUUUCUUCUGUCACAGGCUGUGGCAAGUUGAGUGGCUCCAAAAUGGAUAUCAGUAUUCAUUUAUACAACAGGACUUGUCAUCUUUUGACUCACGAUGAUGUUAUUGGCUCCAGAAGGGUCAGUUACAUCCUCUACAUGCCAGAUCCUGAUAGAACGUGGAAACCAUCUAAUGGAGGUGCCUUGAGAUUGUUUGAUUCCAUUGUGCCUAACGUUCCAAAAUCUGAUCCAUAUGCUCAACUUAGUCCUCAGUUUAACCAGAUUGCUUUCUUCAAAGUUCAACCCGGGUUUUCGUUUCACGAUGUUGGAGAAGUCAUCUCCUCGAAGCAAAGACUUUCAUUGCAAGGCUGGUUUCAUGUACCCCAGCCAGGGGACAAUGGCUAUAUUCCAGGGGAACAGGAAAAAUCGGAAUCGAAAUCUACUCUUGAACAGCUUGAAACUGAAGAGUUGAAAGAGUACGAUUUCCCCAAGAUGGAGUUGAAUGAUAUAUCUGAGCAAGAGGCUAAACAGUUCACCCUUGACUUGACGGCUGAAGAUAACAAAUAUUUGAUGAAGUACAUGAAUCCGCUGCUUAUGAGUGAGGGUUCAAUAAAACAGUUGCAAAAUACCUUCUCGGAGAAUUCGGUCGUUGAUAUCGUGUCAUUCUUAAACGAUGAAUACGCAACAUUGUUCAGAAAGCAGAUGAGACAUUUCGAAUUGAAUGAGUAUCCGUCAAUGCCUUCGAAGCAGGAAGAGGUGAAUUUCCCUUGGAAAUUAGCAAUUCCAUCACACAAACGUAGAUAUCUGUACAUUGACGGCAAACCGGAAGAGGACAUCUCGACAGCGCAAUCAAUUCAGAGGAUUAACGAGACAUAUGCAGACGAGCAACCUAACUUUAAGCUCACUGAAGACAUUUUCAAACUAUUAAAUAAUGAGGAGAAGCAUGAUGAGGUAUUAAUGAAGAUGAAAGUCGAAUCUGAUAACGAUGCAACGACGUACAAUGAAGUUUCUGCAUCACUAUGUGAGUUAGCCUCAUUAUUCAAAAGUGUUGCAUUCGGCAAAUGGCUCUACCAAGUGACCAAACUUGAAGUUUUGAAGGACAAGAUUUUUAUCAGACGGUUCAGGCCAGGUCACGACUUUAUUCUUGCAACUAAGAUCGACGAGCGUUCUCGAAAGGAAGAUGAUUCUUCGUUCUUGGACGGAGUGCUUGAGGCCACUUUGAAUUUGACUCCAACUACAGGUUGGGAACACGGUGAAUGGGGUGCUUAUGAACUUUGUAUGAUGGAUGAGGAGGCUGAAAAACCGGAGGAAAGCGAAGGCAAGGUAUAUGAAGACGAAGCUGCUAUCUACAGGUCUUCGGAUUCAGAUGAAUCCGUUGCUUACGAAUCCCAAGCGUGCUGGAAUAAGCUCUGCUUGCUGUUCCGUGAUCCUAGUGUGAUGAAGUUUGUGAAGUACAUUAGUUACGAUUCACCAGGAUCUAGGUGGGAUAUUACUGCCUCUUGGUUAUGUAAAGAUGCUGAAGAGUAG